GGGGCCGUUUGGGGGUGGAAGCGCGGGGCUUGGCGGCCGGUAGGAGGCCGCUGGAGCCAGACGCGGAGGCCAAGAUGGACCCCGAGGCGCUCGUCCAGUGUCCCUACGACAAGGCGCACCAGAUCCGGGUGUCCCGGCUGCCCUACCACCUCGUCAAGUGCCAGCGGAACAACCCGCAGGUGGCUCGCUCGCUGGAGGUCUGUCCUUUCAACGCCAGGCACAGGAUGCCGCGGUCCGAGCUGCAGAGACACAUUGCCUGCUGCCCCGACCAGCGCCUGCUCUUCAACUCUCAGGAGCUGUCCUUGUGCACCGGUGACCAGGCAAAGCAGCCCAAGGUCCCCGUGGCCUGGCAGGCCCCCCCAUGCCAAGAGGACUGGGAGGCAGAGGUCGAUGAGCUGGAGGAAGCUGCACCAUUUAUCCUCAACACCACUGUCAGUGACCUGCCCCUCGAAGGAGACAGCUCUGCUCUGGUGGCACCCCCAAACUGGAGGCAAGGUGUGGGUCCUGCUGCAGCGGCGGUGACAACAGGACACCUUGCAAAGGGGCCAGACAAGCAGGAGCAGAACAGAUCAAGGAAGGUGGUGGCGCAGCCAAGGUGGUGACCACCUCCCUGCUAGGACCAGGGGAACCACGGUGCAAGCAUGGGCAGCAAGUGCUCGGUAUCUGCUGCGGGGAACUGUUGUAGCAAUGGGUUUUAAAAUGCUUUGGAAAUAUGUGGCUUGUGAGUGUGCAUGGUGUCCUGUCACUUGGGGUGGGGAAGCGCUUGGCGUUGCUCAUAGGGGACAGCAGCAAAAUGGGGACCAUGGUGGGUUGGGGAAGGGGGUUCCGCCAGGAUGAGUGUUGAAGGAUGGGGACAAAGAGGAUCCCCUGGUGUGAGCGUGUCGUGGGUCCGCCAUGUUGCUUGUCGCCUGCACUGCUUGGCUGUGCUCUCAGCAUGUUCCGUGCAGCCUCCUGCUUGUGGCACAAUCUGUAGGGGAGGGGGGGCAGCAGUUGCAUUUUGGGGCCUGUCCGUGUCUCCAUACCCCCCCACAGUACAUCCCCAUGGCCAGCCUGCGUUCCAGCUCUGCUCCCCAUUGCAUCCCUGUGUCCCCAGGUGUCUCCAUAACCCCCCUGCCCUGAUUGUACCCAGUUCCCCAGCAGUGUGUGCCUGGGUCGCUGGUGCCCCACUACCCCCCCCAGCCCAUCUCCUUAUCUGAGAUGGGAACAGCACCAAAGAAGACGUCCAGAACCAUCCAGCAUGGCCAAAAUGGCUCCAGGAUGUUUCUGGGCUGGGGGGACCCCACAGAGCCCCAGCCCUGCCAGAAGGUGAGGAGAGCUCGGAGGAGGCACCGGAUUUGGGGCGGGACACGUGGAAAUGGGAACGUGUGUGUCACACACUGCCUUCCCUGGCCGGGCUCCCACCCACCCCCAGCACACGUUAACCCAAGCCAGCCAGGACAAUCGCACCAAAGGCAGUCGUGGGGACCCCGCGAGGCUCAGUUUGGGGGGAAAUCCUGCUUUUUGCAGCAGUUCACAGAGAGCUUUCCCUGAUCCCCGCUGCCUGUGCUGCCAACCCGCGCCGCAGAGCAGAACCUCACCCCGUGCUCCCACCUCACAGUGCUGCCCCACAGAGCAGUUUCAUGUGUGCUUUGAACCGUGCCAAUAACGGCGUUGCAACACUUGCAGAGAGUUUUGCUCAGAGGGUGGAUCCAGCAGGCAAAGCAGCAGUUGCCCAUCCAGCAUCGGAUCAGCGCCGGUUUCCUCCUGCACGUGCAGGGAGAGUUCCCUUUGCACCUCUCAGCAGAGCCUCUGCUCCUCAGCCACCUCUUCUGCUGCUUCUGGCAGAGCCGUCGGAGCGUCGGAUUUUCCUUUUGCCUGGGCCACAGCCAAGGAGGGCAUGAGGAGGUAGGGAGGAACGGGCUGGGUUUUGGGCAGUGAGCAUCACUGCCUGCUUCCAGCACGCAGGCAGAGGCUCUGCAGCUCCCAUCUGGGUCACUCCAGGGUGUGAAAAGCCGUUUGCAGGGUGCUGCUAGCUGACAGCUGUGGGCUGAGGGCAGGAGGGAGCUGCUGGGAUGCAUGCGGGGGGGGGGGGGUUUCCUGCACUGAGGCCGGAUGUUUUUCCCAGUGCAUGGAGGAAUUAGGGACUGGGCUGCCACACCGGGCUUGGAAACACAGAUCUCUGCCACCCUCAUCAUCCUCCGUGCUUUGUGACCACCUGUGUAGAGCAGACAGAGCCCUCUGGGCUUUGGAGAGAGCGUGGUGGCAUUUCUGCACUCUAUUUUAGGGUGACUUUCUGCCUGUUUGGAGUCGCCUUGCUAUCCCCAACCCCAAUAACUCUAACCCUAACCCCGGGGACUUCAACCACUUCAACCAUUUCUCCCUGUUCUCUUCUUCUUCCUCGGGGCGAUGAAACACCAUGUGUGCCACAAGCACCUGGACCAAGGGAGGCACCCAGCCUGCACCGAGGGGACGUCAGCUGAGCCCCCCACCCCAAGGUGGCCCUGGAGAUGUGAGCAGUGAGUACCUGGCCACGCUGGCAGUGCAGUGUGAGCUCGUCUGCACGACACCCAUUAAACAUUCCCCUUGCCUUAACUCACA